CGCCCCGACAAGUUGCAGCCAUGUAAGUAACGCAGCGGGCGGGGAAGGCGGGAGGGGCGGCUCCACGGACGCAGCCUUCCCCCCCACCCCCGCCCCCGAGAAGCUCCGAGGCGGCCAAAGGGAGGCGCCACCCCGCGCUCCCGGGGGCGCCCGGAAAAACCUCCUCUCCCCUGGAGAAAAAGCACUCCUGUGUCUGCAGACGAGCUCCUUUCUCGCUGCCGGAGGCGGAAGACCCGCGCCAGGACUCGGGGGGCGCGGUGGCGGGCGAGGGGAGAGCGCAGCCCGCCCCAGACGCUCCCUGCACGCUGCCGUUCCGGCCCGGCGGGGACCCCGAGGUAGGGGGCGCGGGGUCCGGAGGCCGCCCCUCGUUUCCCCCUCCCCGUAGCCCGACGGCUGGCCGGGCCAUGUCCGGAGGUCUCGGCCCGGCGACGCCGGUCCCGGGGCCCCGGAAGCCCGCCCCGCGGAGCCUCAGCUGCCUCUCAGACCUGGACGGCGGCACGGCCCGGGAGCCACGGCCCUGCAGGCCCCCCGGGAGCCCGGGCCGCGCGCCGCUGCCACCUCCGGAGCCGUCCGGCUGCGACCCCCCGCUUCGGCCCAUCAUCCUGCGGCGGGCGCGCUCGCUGCCCAGCUCGCCCGAGCGCCGCCAGAAGGCCGGGGGCGCGCCGGGAGCCGCCUGCCGGCCGGGCUGCAGCCGGCAGCUCCGCGUGCGCUUCGCCGACGCGCUGGGCCUGGAGCUGGCGCAGGUCAAGGUGUUCAACGCGGGCGAAGACCCGUCGGUGCCGCUGCACGUGCUGUCGCGCCUCGCCAUCAACUCGGACCUGUGCUGCAGCAGCCAGGACCUGGAGUUCACCCUGCAGUGCCUGGUGCCCGACUUCCCGCCGCCCGUCGAAGCCGCGGACUUCGCCGAGCGCCUGGGGCGGCAGCUCGUCUGUCUGGAGCGCGUCACCUGCUCGGACCUGGGCAUCAGCGGCACGGUGCGCGUGCGCAACGUGGCCUUCGAGAAGCAGGUGGCGGUGCGCUACACCUUCUCCGACUGGCGCAGCGCGCACGAGGCGGUGGCCAGGUGGCGCGGGCCCGCGGGCGCAGCGGGCACAGAGGAUGUCUUCGCCUUCGGCUUCCCGGUGCCUCCCUUCCUGCUGGAGCUCGGCUCGCGCGUGCACUUCGCGCUCCGCUACCGAGUGGCCGGCGCCGAGUACUGGGACAACAACCACGGCCGAGACUACAGCCUCACGUGCCGCAACCACGCGCUGCACAUGCCUCGCGGGGAGUGCGAAGAGAGCUGGAUCCACUUCAUCUGAGCGAGUCCCCUCUAAGGCCGCCCCGCAGUGGUUCCCACGCUGGGCACUCCGGGCCAGUUGGCGACGCUUCCUCACACGCCACCCCCUGCCUGAGUCUUCUGACCUCCUUUCCCGCUGCAGGGUCCCUGGGAAGUGGCCCUUCCCAUCUUCUACUUGAACUGCCUGUGUCGCUAGGUCUCAAAAAGUAGCCUCAGGUGGCCAGAAGGCCGAGUAGUGUCACGCCCGGGGUGGAGGGAGGGUGCUGGGGUGGGGGUGG